AUGUCCACUGAGGACAAUGGACUGAUAAGGGGUUCGCCUACUCCAGAGCGAUGUGCCGCUUUAGCCAAAGAGUAUACUUUGGACAUUCCUAGGAUACCAAGUCUCGAGCUACCCUUGCAUGUCUCUUCCAGCCAAGAUAGCGUCACCAAGGCUAUCAAGAUGUGUGGUGGACUUUCCAAGAUCAAGGAAGUGCUGAAUGAGCGUGGUGAGAGUGCUGAAUCACAAAAGGGAUUGGAGUUGUAUUUAAAUGAAGGUUCCCAUAGGGAUUUCUCAGAUAAGUUCUUCAAUGAGCACCCGAUUAUUGGCAAAAAAGUACCUUACAGAGACGAGUCAAUUGUACUUAAGAUUGAGAUGCCAAAGGGAACGUUAGCCAAAAAUAAUGGAAACAUUCAAAAGUCUCUGGAAUCGUUAAGAAGCCGAGAUGUUAGAGUCACCCCGGUGGCUAUAAUCAACAAUACGAUCAAGUUCAGAGAAAUGUCAGAUUUCCAGGUGAGACUAGAUAAUGCACCUUCAGCUACUGAAUUCAAGGAUAGCUUUGACUCGCUUGAUUGGAACAACAUGAAAGCAUUCGUCGAUUCAGUACCGGACUUUGAUACACGGCCGUUCGAGAACAUAAGUAAUCUGAUGAUGGAUCGAUCGUCAAAGAUCCCAAGUCUUGAUUUUCAAUUGCCUCCACCACCUAGAUUUUCAAUGGUUGGUCUACCGUAUCAAUACAAGUACAAAACAAAUCCCUUCGCUACAAAGAAAUCCAAUGGCGCUGCAGAAGUGAAGGGUACAUACAUUAAAAACUAUCAGCAAUUUGUACAUGACAUGAAUGAGGUUACAGAGACUCCUGCGAACCCCCAUCCUUCAUUGCAGAAAGAUUACGAAGUCGCCAGAGCGACAGGUGUCUAUCCAGGAACAAAGAAAGAAUCCAAUUUCUACCAAAAUUUAGAGGAGUGUCUUAAAGUUCUUGGAGAGCUAUUCUCAAAGAGACCCAUCUGGGUCAAGAGACACAUUGACGGAAUUGUGAGCAAGGAUUUGCACCAUACUUUGAAAAUUGCCUUGGCACUUCUUUCCUACCGGUUUACUAUGGGACCAUGGAGAAAUACCUAUAUCAAAUUUGGUGUAGAUCCUCGAACAUCUUCCGCAUACGCAAAAUAUCAGACGGAGUACUUUAAGAUCGAGAGGAAAUUACUACGUUCACCAAUCUUGAAGAAAAAUAUGCCUAGCCCCCCAGCACCGGUAUAUGAAUCGAAUAAUCCAGGAGAUAUUGACAGUCGAUUCAAAUUUAAUGGGAAACAAAUCCCUUGGUAUCUGAUGCUGCAAGUAGAUUUACUAGUGGAAGAACCAAAUAUUGCCGAAGUUUACUCCAAGGCAGAGUUCUUGCCGAAAGCAAAUGAACUCACAGGCUGGUUUCAAGAACUAGAUCUGGCAAAAAUAAGAAGGAUAGUAAAGUAUGAGUUGGGUUGUAUGGUCCAAGGAAAUUACGACUUCAAUGAGUACAAGCUGAAGUAUUUCAAAACAAUGGUCUAUGUCAAGGAAUCGAUGAUCAAAGAGCAGAGUACGGAUCAAGAUGGCGACGUGAAUAUGGACGAGGAUAGCAACGAGCCCAACCAAAACAAGGAAGAAUCCGAUGAAGAUGAGGAGAAUGGUGUUGCUUCAGGCGAAGCUGACGAAGUUGCCUUAGAGGCCGAUGAGGCCGAUGAAGAUGAAAACGUUCGAGUCGACGAGGCCCAGGAUGACGAAGGUGAUGACUACGAUGAUGCCGCAUUUGAGAUCAAUUCCGCCACAUUUCAAGAGGUCAUUGACCGCAUUUCCAGGCUGAAUCCCGAAGUUGCUCAACGUCUGCAAAACGACCUGACUGGCCUGGUCAACGAAGCCAACCUUUGA